UCAAUUGCAAACUAGUGUGAAAACGUGUGAUUAGGACACUUCUGACCGAUUGCAGCAUACCGAAUAGGAUGGAGGAUAAGGCUAUGCUAAAAGAUUUAGACCAAUGGAUCGAACAACUGAACGAGUGCAAACAAUUGACCGAAUCGCAAGUGAAAAUUCUAUGUGAUAAGGCAAAGGAAAUACUAUCGAAGGAGUCUAACGUACAGGAGGUGAAAUGUCCGGUUACAGUAUGUGGAGACGUGCAUGGCCAGUUCCACGAUCUGAUGGAGCUGUUUCGGAUAGGUGGACGGUCACCGGACACUAACUAUCUGUUCAUGGGAGAUUAUGUCGAUCGUGGCUAUUAUUCGGUAGAGACCGUUACUUUGUUGGUGGCAUUGAAGGUACGAUAUCGUGAAAGAAUAACUAUCCUGCGCGGUAAUCACGAGUCGCGACAGAUUACGCAAGUGUACGGUUUCUACGACGAAUGUCUGCGGAAGUACGGCAAUCCGAACGUAUGGAAGUUCUUUACGGAUUUGUUUGACUACUUGCCGCUGACGGCCCUGGUCGAUGGACAGAUCUUUUGCCUGCAUGGAGGGCUUAGUCCUUCGAUUGAUACGCUUGAUCACAUUCGAGCACUCGAUAGACUUCAGGAGGUGCCACACGAAGGACCGAUGUGCGAUCUGCUGUGGUCCGAUCCGGAUGACCGAGGUGGCUGGGGUAUAUCGCCCCGAGGAGCAGGCUACACAUUUGGACAGGACAUUUCGGAACUGUUCAAUCACACAAACGGGCUGACAUUAGUAUCAAGAGCACAUCAGUUAGUAAUGGAAGGAUACAAUUGGUGCCACGAUCGCAAUGUUGUCACAAUUUUCUCCGCACCGAACUACUGCUACCGUUGUGGCAAUCAGGCAGCAUUGAUGGAACUGGACGAUGCACUAAAAUUUUCAUUCCUACAAUUUGAUCCAGCUCCACGUCGUGGCGAACCACAUGUGACCAGAAGAACGCCGGAUUAUUUCCUUUAAGAACAAUAUCCUUAUUAUAUGAUGCUGAAAAAUAGCACGAGUAAACAAAUUAAGCAGGUACACACAACAUUAAGAGAGACAGGCCAACGGAAGC